UAGAUAACCACGCGGAUAUUCAAGCAGGAUCAAAUUUUUUUAUAAAGAAUAAAUUUUUAUAUAAAUCAAAAUAAAUUAUACAUAAAUUUUAAUGUCUAUAAUUUUGAUUAAUAUAUACUUAUUAAAAAUUUGAUAUAAAAAUUUGAUAUUCAAAAUGUUUUCAAAACUUUUGUGCACCGAUGUUCUUGCCAUUCGAUGUAUUGAUAAUUUAAUUUUCGUAGGUGUAGGAUGCUCAUUAUAUAUUUUUAAUGUUAAUACUUACAAGUUAGAAAAAAAAAUAAAUUGUCUUUAUCCAUAUAAUAUACAUGGAAUUAUUGAAGGUCCUGAUAAUAAAUUAACUGUGUUUGGUGCUAAUUAUUUUUGUACAUAUAAGAUUUAUUAUGAACAAGAAACAUUGAUAAUUAAAGAAGAUUUAAAUAAAAAAGAACUCAAUGAUUGGAUAAUAACAGUAAAAUGGUUAUUAUACGAUGGACAUAAUUAUUUAUGUGUUCUUUUAGCACAUAAUAAUGUUUGUAUUUAUGAUAUAUUUAACGAAUGUUAUCAAAAUACAUGGUGUGAAGAAAAAUGUAUUUUAUAUGCGGGAUUUAUAUUGAAUAAUGAUAAAAAUCUAAUUAUUUUUAGUGGAACUGUAUAUCAGGAAAUUUUAAUAUGGGAAGUAAAUUAUGCUAUUGAAACAUCACCAGUUUUACAUCGUUUACAAGGACACAAUGGUGUAAUCUUUUCUGUCAUGUAUGAUCCAAUUGCACAAUUUAUUUGUUCUACAUCAGAUGAUAGAACAAUUAGAUUAUGGAAAAUAAAUAAUAGCAAAAGCAAAAAUUGGAAGAACAUUGAUAUAAAAUUAGUGCGAACAAUGUUUGGUCAUACAGCUAGAGUAUGGAAAUCUAUCAUUAAAAAUAAUAUUAUAAUUACAAUUGGAGAAGAUUCUCUUAUGUGCACUUGGUCAUUGGAAGGUAAAUUACUUAACAAAAUUUGUGCACAUCAUGGUGCUGCUAUAUGGAGUAUUGAUGUAUCAAAUGAUAAUAAAAUUAUUUUCACUGGUGGUGCUGAUGGUGCAGUUCAUGCAUGGCCUUUUGUUAAUGAUUAUAUUCAAAAAACUGUAUUAGUACCUAAAACAAAUGCAUACACUUUACCAAAAUAUGUUUGUUAUUUAAAUAGUGGUAAUCUUUUAAUUUUUUAUGAAAAUGGUACUCUAUUUAUAUUUAAUAGAUAUUAUAAUAAUGUGGAAGAAUCAUUAUAUUUAGAAAAAUAUAGUACAUAUUGUAUUAUGGAAGUUUCUUUAUGUCAUUCUCACAUUUGUUUUGCAUCAAGAGAUGGAUAUAUAAGAAUAUAUAAAGAAAUAAAAGUUGCAACUAAUAAAAAGUUACUACAGAUUUUAGAAGAAAAAAUAAUGGAGUCACAAAUACUUUCUGUGCAGUGGCUAGAAAAUAAUAAGUUAGUAAUUUGCGGAAUGAAUGGAAUUUUAAAAAUAUUUAAUUUUACUGUAGAAGGAUCAUUUACUAUACAAUCAGUGUGUGUUUUACCAUAUAGUCGAGAACGUUGGUUAACAGCAGCCAUUUUAUAUGAAGGACUAUUAAUAUGUGGAGAUAGAGCUGGAAAUAUGCAUAUUUUUGAUCUUAAAACAUAUGUUCCAUGUAGUGAAACAAAUAAAAAACCUAUUCAAACUAUUAACAAAGUUCAUGGAAAAAUUGGUAUUCAAAAUUUCAUAGUUGUAAAUUCAAAAUUAAUAUCAGCUGGUCGUGAUGGAAUGUUAAGAUUUUAUGAAUUAAAUAAACAUAAAAAUACAAAAUUAUUAUACAUUUUACAUAAACAAAAAAUGCCAAUGGAUUGGAUUAGUGGUCAUUUAAAAUCUUUUGAUGAUAUUCUUAUAUUAGGUUUUAAAGAGGUUGAAUUUGUAAUAUACAGUAUGAUUCAUCAUCGAAUUUUAAUGAAAAUUCCUUGUGGUGGUGGACAUAGAUCAUGGGAUUGUAUUUUAAAAAAUAAUCUUAUUAUGUUUCUAUAUAUUCGUAAUAAACAAGUAUAUGCAUCUGAUUUUUCAUUAACUUCUUUCACAUUACCAGUUUUAUUAAAUGGUUUUCAUACGAAAGAAAUAUCUUGUAUAAAUCCAAUAUCAAAAAUUAAUCAAAACAAUAUUUUUAUAUCUGGAAGUGAAGAUGGUACUCUUCGUAUUAGUUACAUUUCAAAUCCAUUGUUAAAUAAUAAUAUUCACACUUUUCAGACAUUGAAUAUUUUUGAUGGUCAUAUCUCUAGUGUAAAAUUUAUAGCUUGUUUAAAUUUGCAAUUUAUCUUUUUAUGUAAUAAAUAUCUUAUAUUUUCGGGAGGUGGAAGAGCACAGAUAAAAGUUUGGGAAAUUGAUAUAAAAGAUAAUGAAACAUUUUUACAUAAUAAAGAUAUUUCUUGUCAUGACAUUACAUGUCAUAUGUUGUAUGGAUUUGAUCAACGUCGUAAAAAGCAAUUGCAUGAAUCUAAUCAUUCUUACAAUAUGCAACCCGAAACUCGGUAUAUGGAUAUUGGAAUUUAUUAUUGUACUACAAAUUUUUAUUAUAUAAUACUUUUUGUUGCUUGUGCAGAUGGAUUUAUAAGAGUAUUUUUAUAUGAUAUUAAUACAAAAAGUAUUUCGUUAAAAAUAUCUUCAAAAUGUGUAGAUCGUUGUAUAACAAAAAUAACUGUUAUAACAUAUAAUGAAAAAGUAAUUGUGUUAAUAAUGUCAACUGAUGGAAUCUGUCGAUUUAUUGAUUUUACUGAUACUAUUUCAAAGAUAAUAGAAUUUUCGCAAAUUGAAAAACAACAAUUUGAAAAUUAUAAAGAUAUAUUUAUUACAAAGUUUAAUUUACAUCAAUCUGGAAUUAAUUCAUAUGACAUAAAAAUAAUUGAAAAAGGCAAAUAUUUAUUAGCAACUGGAGGUGAUGAUAAUUUAUUUAACAUUAUUUAUUUCAAUGUACAAUUACAAAAUAAGAAGAUGGAAAUACAUAUUUCAUUAUUGUCAAAAUGGAGUACUUCAACUGCACAUGUUGCUCAAAUUACAGGAAUAAUAUUUCAUGAUAAAAAUACAAUUUUUACUGUUGGAAUGGAUCAACAAGUGAUUAUGUAUCAUUAUAAUUAUAACAAUGAUAUUUUAUCUGUAACAAUAUUGAAAAGAAUGUUUACAUUUGUCACAGAUAUUAAAGGCAUAACUUCAUGGUAUAAUUCAAAGAAUGAAUCAGUUGUAUGUGUAUAUGGAAAAGGAUUUGAAAUAUUGAUUUAAUGAUAUAUACAUGUAUAAGAGAUUUUGAAAACAGAAAUGACGAGUAUUACAAUAUCAGCAAUUCGAACACGAACAAGCAUUCUUGAUAAAUCAUUAAGUAAAGGAAAAGGAGAGGUUAGCUUGAGUUGUUUUGCACUUUUGUUUUCAGAACUCGUACAAUACUGUCAAAAUCGAGUGUACACCGUA